CGACUCCAGCGCAAGCGACGUGCAGUGCAGCGUAGUAUUUACCAUGGCCUAAACCAACAUUUGGCGUCUAUAAAUGCAGGUCCCCCGGGACCGGGCCGGGAGCGACCAUUGAGGCCGGCCGGGGACUACGGCGGGUGAGAGAGUGCGACCCACCAGCAGCGAGAAGUUACUCUCCUAGCUGUCUCUGCCGUGUAGUGCCGAUGGGUGCCGGAGCCAGGGACGAGGAGGCUGCUGCUGCCGGUGCCGGUGCCCACCAUGGGAGCUUGGCCAUGGAGAAGCCGCAGCAUGGCGCGGCGGAGUACGCGCAGGACGGGUCCGUGGACCUGCGCGGCAACCCCGUGCUCCGCUCCCAGCGCGGCGGCUGGACCGCCUGCUCCUUCAUCGUCGUGUACGAGCUGUUCGAGCGGAUGGCCUACUACGGGAUCGCGUCGAACCUGUUCAUCUACCUGACGGAGAAGCUCCACCAGGGCACCGUGGAGGCCUCCAACAACGUCACCAACUGGUCCGGCACCGUCUUCCUCACGCCGCUCCUCGGCGCCUACGUCGCCGACGCCUACCUCGGACGCUACUGGACCUUCGUCAUCGGCUCCGCCAUCUACUUCCUGGGGAUGGUGUUGCUGGUGCUGUCCGUCUCCCUGCCGGCGCUGAAACCGCCGCCGUGCGACGCCGCCAAAGUGUGCCCGAAGGCCUCGGCGCUGCAGGUCGGUGUCUACUUCGGAGGUCUCUACAUCGUAGCCUUCGGCAACGGCGGCACCAAGCCCAACAUCUCCACCAUCGGGGCGGACCAGUUCGACGAGUUCGACCCGCGGGAGAAGAUGCACAAGCUCUCCUUCUUCAACUGGUGGAUGUUCACCAUCUUCCUGGGCAUCCUCUUCUCCUCCAGCGUCCUCGUCUACCUGCAGGACAACGUCAGCUGGCCCAUCGGCUACGGCAUCCCCACUCUGGGCCUCUUGGUCUCCAUCAUCAUCUUCCUCGCCGGCACCAGGCUGUACCGGCACAAGGUGCCGCAGGGCAGCGCGUUCACGAGCAUGGGCAGGGUCAUCGCCGCCGCGCUCUUGAAAUGGAGCGUCCCGGUCCCGGCCGACGCCAAGGAGCUGCACGAGCUGGACCUCGAGGAGUACACGAGGAAGCGCAGGUUCAGGAUGGACUCCACCAACGCCAUGAGGUUCCUCAACAAGGCCGCCGUGCCCGUGAACGACGACAAGGACGGCGGCGGAUCGGCGGCGCCGACGUGGAGCCUGUGCACGGUGACCCAGGUGGAGGAGACGAAGCAGAUCCUGAAGCUGAUGCCACUCCUGGUGGCGAUGUUCGUGCCGUGCACGCUCAUCGCGCAGACCAACACCCUGUUCGUGAAGCAGGGCACGACGAUGGACCGGCACAUGGGCCCGCACUUCGAGAUCCCGCCGGCGAGCCUGGGCGUGUUCGUGACGCUGACCAUGCUCGUGUCCGUCGUGGUGUACGACCGGGUGUUCGUGAAGGCCGUCCGGCGGUACACCGGGAACCCGCGCGGGAUCACGCUCCUGAAACGGAUGGGCACGGGCUUGGCGCUGCAGGUGGUGACCAUGGCGGUGGCGUCGGUGAUCGAGAGCCGGAGGCUGGCGUACGCCCGGAGCCACGGCCUGGUCGCGACGGAGGACCAGCUGGGGCUCUCCAUCUUCGUGCUGCUGCCGCAGUUCGUGCUGAUGGGCCUCGCCGACGCGUUCCUUGUGGUGGGCAAGCUCGAGUUCUUCUACGACCAGGCGCCGGAGGGCAUGAAGAGCCUGGGCACCGCCAUGUCCCUCACGGCGUACGGCAUCGGCAACUUCCUCAGCAGCUUGCUGCUGUCCACGGUGACGCGCAUCACAAGAAAGCGCGGCAAUGCCUGGGUGAAAAACAACAUCAACGACUCCAACCUCGACUACUACUACGCCUUCCUCACCGUGCUCGGCGGCGUCAACUUCGCCGCCUUCCUCGUGCUCAGCACCAUGUACAGGUACAAGGCCGAGUCCACCGACACCAUCGACAUUGUCAUCGGCCUGGAGACCGAGAAAGCCAAGCUUCAGGCAGAGCCACUGGGUUGACGACACUAGCUCUGUGGUGCCUGCGCUGUGAAGGCGAAGAAGAGCAGCCAUUCAUAUCCACGUGUUUUGUGUAUCGCGCUGUGAAGCGUAGAAACCACUUUGCAGCUCCUAUAUCACUUCCCUUGUAAAAAAGCACAGGAUUUACACCCAUUAGUAGUGGUUGUGUGAUGGCAUCGGAUCGGCCAGAAGCCCUGACGAAGCCCGCCUCACUUCACAGGAAAAAAUGAGGAGAAAGAACACCAAAAGAUUUCUUGCAGAAAGGAGUAACAUAUGCAGUCAAUGGUCACUGUCUCACUGAUGUAGUGAUGUACUACUAGUGAAUACACAGGGCAAAACAAAUACAGGUGUUAAGGCUUUUAA